CAAACGAGGCCAGCAUCCGGCCCAAGUGCCGGCAGGCUGUGAGCCACGCUCCCUCUCAGCAAGCUCAGCAAGGCUCAGCCCUCUUCCAUCCUUCCAGCACCAGUGUGGGCACUGCGACGUGGACAUGGGCACUGCUGCGGCAUGGCGUUCUGCUGUGAGGACGUGGGCUCCAUGCUCUCGGGGCAUCUGCUACCUGGGCAUUGCUGCCAUCACGUGGGGUGUGGUGACAUGGGUGGAGGUGGGUGCCUGGACGUACCACUACAGUGACCAAGGGGACUACACGUGGGAGCAGGCCAGGAACUACUGCCAGACCUUCUUCACCGACCUGGUGGCGAUCCAGAACAAGCGGGAGAUCGAGUACCUCAAUGAGAGCCUGCCUUUCCACAGCCACUACUACUGGAUUGGGAUCCGCAAGCUGGGCGGCACCUGGACCUGGGUGGGCACCGGGAAGGUGCUGACGAAGGAGGCAGAGAACUGGGCAGCUGGGGAACCCAACAACCGCCGCUCCAACCAGGACUGUGUGGAGAUCUACAUCAAGCGGCAGCAGGAGUCGGGCAAGUGGAACGACGAGCCCUGCAGACGGAAGAAAAAGGCUCUGUGCUACCAGGCCUCCUGCCGGCCCUCCUCGUGCAGCCAGCACGCAGAGUGUGUGGAGACCAUCGGGAGCUACCGCUGCGAGUGUCACCCCGGCUUCCAUGGCCCCGAGUGUGAGGACGUUGUGCAGUGCACCAAACUCCAGCCCAAGGGAGUGCACAUGAACUGCAGCCAUCCCUACGGAGACUUCAGCUACAACUCCACCUGCGUGUUGGAGUGCCAGGAGGGGUUUGAGCAGCGCGGGGCAAGCACACUGCGAUGCCUGGCUACCCAGCAGUGGUCAGCAGACAUGCCCACAUGCACAGUCAUCACAUGCCCAGUGCUCAGUGCUCCAGAUCGAGGAGAGAUGAACUGCUCCCACCUCCACGGGGACUUUGCCUUCAGCUCCACGUGUGCCUUCUCCUGCCAGAUGGGGUUUGCACUAAUGGGGCCAGAGAGCCGUGAGUGCACAGCCACAGGGACCUGGACUGGGGAUGUGCCACACUGUGAAGCCAUCUCCUGCCUGAUGCUCAGAGCUCCAGACCAAGGAGUGAUGAACUGCUCCCACCUCCAUGGAGACUUUGCCUUUGGCUCCACAUGUGCCUUCUCCUGCCAGACUGGGUUUGCACUGGCAGGGCCAGAGAGCCGUGAGUGCACAGCCACAGGGACCUGGACCGGGGAUGUCUCACGUUGUGAAGCUGUCUCCUGCCCGGUGCUCAGUGCUCCAAGCCAAGGAGUGAUGAACUGCUCCCACCUCCAUGGAGACUUUGCCUUUGGCUCCACAUGUGCCUUCUCCUGCCAGACAGGGUUUGUACUGGCAGGGUCAGAAAGCCGCGAGUGCACAGCCACGGGGACCUGGACUGGAGACUCCCCACGCUGUGAAGCCAUUGCCUGCCCAUUGCUCAGUGCUCCAGAUAAUGGAGUGAUGAACUGCUCCCACCUCCAUGGAGACUUUGCCUUCAGCUCCACAUGUGCCUUCUCCUGCCAGACUGGGUUUGCACUGGCAGGGCCAGAGAGCCGUGAGUGCACAGCCACAGGGACCUGGACCGGGGACUCCCCACGCUGUGAAGCCAUCACCUGCCCAGGGCUCAGUGCUCCAAGCCAAGGAGUGAUGAACUGCUCCCACCUCCACGGAGACUUUACUUUUGGCUCCACGUGUGCCUUCUCCUGCCAGAUGGGGUUCGUGCUGAUGGGGCCAGAGAGCCGUGAGUGCACAGCCACAGGGACCUGGACAGCAGAUACCCCACAAUGCAAAGCCAUCACCUGCCCAGUGCCCAGUGCUCCAGACCAAGGAGCACUCAACUGCUCCCACCUCCAUGGGGACUUUGCCUUCGGCUCCACAUGUGCCUUCUCCUGCCAGACAGGAUUUGCACUGGCAGGGCCAGAGAGCCGUGAGUGCACAGCCACAGGGACCUGGACUGGGGAUGUCCCACACUGUGAAGCCAUCAAAUGCUCAGCACUAGCCACCCCCACAAUGGCCCAGAUUGCUUGCACCCACCUUCAUGGGGAUUUUACCUUCAGCUCCACAUGUGCCUUCUCCUGCCAGACAGGGUUUGUGCUGAUGGGGCCAGAGAGCCGUGAGUGCACAGCCAUGGGGACCUGGACUGGAGAUGCCCCACACUGUGAAGCCAUCAGCUGCCCAGCACUGCUCCCCCCUAGCAGAGGCCAGCUGAGCUGCUCUCACACACAUGGCAACUUCACCUACAACUCCACAUGCACCUUUUCCUGCGAGGAGGGGUUUGUCCGGAUGGGAGCAGAGGUGCUGCAGUGUACAGCCAUGGGGAACUGGACCAGGCAUCCGCCGUUCUGUGCAGAGGAUGGCGCUCCCUUCUUAAAGCAAGUGCUGACAUACAGCAGCGGCGCAGCUCUGGUGGUAACUGGCAUCGUGCUCUCCGGAUCACUCAUUGCGCUCCUUGCCAAGAGGCUCAGCAACAGAGAGGAGAAGAAGAAGCUCCUGAACCCUACCAGUGACCUUGGAUCACCCGGCAUCUUCACCAAUGCAGCGUAUGACGCCAACCUGUAAGGUGAGCACAGCUAUCCUCCCGGCCGGGGUGCUCCCAGAUGUGGAACCCCUUGCGAGAGGAAGUCUGCGCUGCAGAGGAGGGCAACACCAGCGCCGGCUCUCCUGUGCUUCCAGCCUGGCCGUGACCAAACCCCACCGUGGCCCCCGGCGCCGCAGACGCAGCGGGAGCCGCUCCCGCGGCCGAGAGAGCGGCUCGGGGCCCGCGCUGCGCGUCCGCUCCGCCGGGGAGGGACGGGAGCUGCCUUCCUGCGCCAGCCACGCGUGCAGCGCGCUGCAGCCCGGCCGCGGCCUGGCCCCUUCCCCUCACGGACCUGCCGCCCGCGCCGCUCCCCGCCACUCGCGCUUCUGGCGCCGGGCUCGUGUCCGCGGACCUGAAUAAACGCCUGUGUCUGACAA